AUGAAACCCUCAGCAAUCUUCGCUCAAUCUACUCUUCUCCAUCUUAGCAGCGGUUCUUUCUCCAGCUUUGAGUCGCAAUGCGCAGAUUUCUCGCCGUCGAUCUCGAAUGCCACUGUGGCUGUGCAGGAAUACAUUGCGAGAGGCACAAAUGUAACACUAAUCGACAACGACAAGUCAUGCAACCGGAGAUUUCAAAUUGUCGAUGCCAAUUUCUGCAGAUUAGCGCUACAUGUACAGACGAGUGAGCGAUCGAGCAUAGUAGUCGAAGUAUGGAUGCCAGAGACGUGGGAGGCGGGGAGGGUGCUUGCGACUGGGAACGGGGGUGUCGAUGGAUGUAUACAAUACGAAAACCUCGCAUAUGGGAAUUCACACGGAUUUGUCACUGUUGGAGCAAACAACGGGCAUAACGGUACAUCUGGGGCUGCAUUCCUGAAUAAUUCAGAAGUAGUUAUCGACUUUGCGCAUCGAUCUUUGCACACAUCGAUUACCCUUGCCAAAGAGCUUUCGACUCAACUAUACAAUCAAAAAUACUCUAAGGCAUAUUACAUCGGGUGUUCGCUCGGUGGUAGGCAAGGCAUCGACGCAGCGGAUCGCUACCCCGAAGACUUUGACGGCGUGAUAGCGGGGAGCCCAGCAUCGGAUUUCAACAACUUGUACGCCUGGCGCGCCGGAUUCUACACCAUAACCGGGGCAAACACAUCAUCAGAUUUCAUUACUUCGCAGAAGUGGAUCGCUAUCCAUGAUGAAGUGCUCCGCCAGUGCGACAGAAUCGAUGGUGUGCAAGAUGGUAUUCUCGAAGAUCCAAGUCUCUGCGAUUUCCGACCAGAAGUCCUACUUUGCGAUGGGGCCACUCAAAAUACAACGAAAUGUCUGACGGUUUCACAACUCGAAAUAGUGAAGAAGAUAUACAGUCCUCUAGUUGACGACAAUGGUGACAUGCUAUAUCCAGGCAUGCAACCUGGCAGCGAGCUUCGCGCGAACACAGGACUUUACGCUGGGAACCCCUGGCAACCUUCUGUCGAUUGGUACCGCUACGUUCUCCUCAGCGAUCCAAGCUGGGAUCCUGCAACAUUCAACACUGCCAUGGCAGUUCUUGCAGACACUAUCAAUCCAGCGGAUAUUCGCACGUUCCCUACUUCUUUGGCACCAUUCAAAGCAAAAGAAGGGAAGUUGAUAAUGUAUCACGGACUGCAAGAUCAACAGAUCACUUCUUUCCAAAGUACGCGGUUUUAUGAGCAUCUUGCGCGUGGUAUGAACGCUACUUCAUCUUCUUUGGAUGAGUUCUACCGGUUUUUCAAGAUCUCGGGGAUGUUUCAUUGUAACUCGGGGCCGGGGGCAUGGACAUUUGGGCAAGGUGGCGGAGCGUCGGCAGCAGGUGUAGGUUUCGAGCGUGAAAGCAAUGUUCUGAGGGCUAUGGUAGAGUGGGUUGAGGGGGGUGUGCCACCUGAAACGAUAACGGGGACCAAGUUUGUGGACGAUGAUGCUGAUAAAGGGAUUUUUAUGGAGAAAAAGCAUUGCAGGUAUCCCUUGACAAAUGUUUAUCUCGGUGGAAAUGCGGGUGAGGCAGCUGCUUGGGAGUGUCAAAUGGUGUAG